CGUGUCGUGGUUCUCUUCGGUUCUGCCGGCCGAAGAGCGUGUCUACUAGCGAUUUUCAAUUUGAACAAGAAGUUACAGUUUGUUUCUUUCAGUUUUUCAGUACUACAUCCUUGUUUUAUCACCGUGUCAGAAUGAAAUCGAUUUGUUCAGAAGAAUGGGACUUAUGAAUGAGUAAUAUGGGACAGAACUCAUCCCAGAUGGGUGGAGGAUUCAAAGACAAAAAACUACCUCUGUUUUGGAUGAUGAGAAGAACCACAUCAACACAAAAUCCAAAUCCUGAACAACCAAUCAAAUUCCAAUACAAAACAAGACGAAAAAAAGCUAGCACAGAAAAAACUUUAUUUCCUAAUAAUAAUAAUUUGAGAAAGUGUAGUGCAAACCAUAAUUUUCAAACAUUGAAUAAUUUCUGCAGAAGUGACACAAACCAAACUGUUAAUAAUAAAAGUAAUAAGUAUUGUAAAGACAAAAACUCUAAUGAAGUGAAGUGUCAAAUCAUAAAGACUCAAAAUGCACCUUUGCGUACAAAAUCCGAACCAAAUCUUAAUCAAGAGAGGGACAGACAAAGACACAGGCGAAAAAAUUUGAAAACAAGAAGUCAUUUUAGCGAUGUCCAACAGUUCGGAUAUGAAAUAAAAGAUAUUGAUAGCUUCUUAGCAAAGGCAACAAUUGACAAACCGGCCAACAUUCCUGUUGUUUUAGCUUUUCCUAGUGUUCUCUAUCAGACCAGGAUAGGUGGUUAUCAAGCAGAAAUUUUUCUACCUCUUGGGAUGGUUGUGAAUGCAAUUUUCAAGAAUGAACACUGGCUGUAUGUGCAAACUCCACACGCCGAAGAAGGAUAUGUUAGUUACGCUGCCUGUUUGCCCUUAGGCAUAAUACCCCCCGCCGAUGAUGAUGAGAAUGGUCCCUGCUGGGAAAAGAGUACUGACAUAUUUCCAAAACCAUCUGGAAACAUCAGCGAUACUGAAAAAUUAAGUUUGAAAUCAUGUUCCGCCGAAGAUAACCGACAAAGGAGAAGGUCUAGGAAUUCUAUAACUAGUUACGGUGAGAAAAGCGUGGAUGGUCUUUACCUAAAGGCAACUGCUUCUUCUAGAGGAAUGGGAGUCAGACAUACCUUACUAGUAAUUACAAAAAACUAUGAUGGAAUGGAAAAAAAUGCGAUGAAGGUUAGAGAAGGUGAAGUGGUAUUUCUGCUCAAUUCUAGUGUCCAAGGAUGGUUUUGGGUCAAGAAUAAGGAAGGAUGUGAAGGUUUCAUUCCAGCAGCAAUUGCUGGUCAUGGAUUUCUGUGAAAAAUAUGAGGUUCCUCAAAUACGUACACCUGUUUGUAUAUAAUGAUUAAAAUAAAUUGACUACAAAAUU